GCAAGUACAAAGUGAGCAAGCACAAAGUGGGCAAGCACAAAGCAAGCAAGCACAAAGUGAGCAAGCACAAGAUUGGCAAGCACAAGGCAAGCAAGUGCAUAGUGGCCAAGUACAAAGUGGGCAAGCACAAAGUGGACAAGCACAAGGCAAGCAAGCGCAUGAUAGGCAAGUGCAUGAUGGGCAAGCAUAA